AUGAACAGACUCGCUACUCGGUGUGUGCCAAAGGGGAUGGUAUCGCUGAGGCCCGCAUGUGGAGGACGAGCGCUUUGGACCUCAGCUAGCUUGCAAGCUCAGGACAAAAAAGAUACAGCCAACGAUGCCGAGCAGAAACAGAAGAAUGCCGAGCAAGCAGAGAGGAUACAGAAAAAGAAGAAGACAAUGGCAGAAAUGGACGAAGAAAUGCGCUUAGCCAUGGAGGGUCACGCAGGAGAUGGUGGCAUAUCUGGCGCAGAACUCGAGGGAGGCAAAGCUGUUUCCAUGAAGCGAGGUGUCAAAGACAACAUGUUUCGGUAUAUUUGA